GCGAGUCCGUGUUUACAUUAGACCAGCCGUACAAAAGUGAUAUUUGUUAGAGAUUGGGGAUGCUUUUGUCUUUGCACAAUACCCUGCCAUUACAGAACGAGAAAUUGAUGGUUCAUAGUGGUCAACGCAGAACCCAUCAAGCAUCAGUUCUUGUGGAGAUGGCUAGGAGGCUAAUGCAUGCUGUUCAACACGAUGGUUAUGGUGGAGGAGCAGCAGGACUAAAGCAUGUUGAAGUUCCAGUCCCCACUCCAAAGAAAGAUGAGGUUUUGCUAAAGUUAGAAGCAACCAGUCUAAAUCCAAUUGAUUGGAAAAUUCAACAAGGCGUGUUGCGGCCUUUUCUUCCUCGUAGAUUCCCUCACAUUCCUGCUACUGAUGUAGCAGGAGAGAUAGUAGAAGUUGGACCAGAAGUGAAAUUUUUCAAAAUUGGUGAUAAAGUAGUAGCUAUGCUUGGCGAAGCUAAUGGAGGCGGAUUAGAGUUCGCAGUGGUUUAGGAGAGCUGGAUAGUGGCAAGACCACCUGAAGUUUCAGCAGCUGAAGGAGCAGCCUUACCGGUCGCUGGUGUUACAGCUCUUGAGGCUCUCACUCGUUGUGCCGGGAUCACUGACAGAACUGGCAACCAGAAAAACAUUCUGGUCACUGCUGCCUCAGGUGGCGUGGGUCACUAUGCAGUUCAGCUAGCAAAGCUUGGAAACACACAUGUAACAGCCACUUGUGGAGCUCGCAACAUAGAGUUAGUGAAGAGUUUAGGGGCUGAUGAGGUUCUCGAUUACAAGACACCAGAGGGUGCAGCUCUGAAGUCCCCAUCUGGCCGGAAGUAUGAUGCAGUGAUCCACUGUGCUACUGGUAUUCCUUGGAGUACUUUCGAGCCUAAUUUGAGUGAAAAUGGGAACGUUAUAGAUAUUACUCCUAGCCCCAAUGCCAUGAUCACUUGUGCUCUGAAGAAACUCACUUUCUCGAAGAAGCAGCUGGUGCCACUUGUUUGGGCUAACAUUGAUAAAGAGAGUAUGUAUUAUCUUGUUAAACUGGUGAAGGAAGGGAAACUUAAGACCAUUAUCGACUCGAAGCACCCUUUGAGCAAGGCUGAAGAUGCCUGGGCUAAGAGUAUUGACGGCCAUGCUACUGGGAAGGUCAUUGUGGAGAAUUAGAUAAAUAUAUACAGUCCUGCAAUUGAUGAACUGUUUUCUACUGUGAAAAGUGUGAGCUAUGAGCUUUUUAGGUGUCCAUUUUUCCUUUGUAUUUCUCUCUUAAAAUCUUAAUAUAGUGUUUAUAGAAUGAGUUGUUUAAAAGAAUUCAAAUGAUUGGAGUGCCAAGUAUUAUAUUAGUUUGAAUUUACAA